GGCUUGGAAUUCAUGCAUACCAAAAACACUGCUCAUAAAGACAUCAGUAUAAAUAAUCUCGUAAUGAACCAUCGACACGUAAUUCCCAAGGGGUACCAUUUCGGUGAUAGGAUCAGUCACGACGACGUGGAGUGGGGUCUCUCCACUGAAAUUCGAUGUUACGUCGGUCCAGUCGACUAUUACUACAUCGAUUUUGAAUUCGCGGAAUGCUUCCCUGAGGGAAUUGAUAAAGACCUUGUCUCGGGAAUCGUCGGUCAGCGCGUACUGGAGAUGAAGGACUCAGGUAAUGUAUCUUAUAACCCAUUCAAAGCUGACGUCUACCAGCUUAGAAUUGCCAUGCUCGACAUAUUCGAGGUAAGCCCUCACUGUUAUUAUCAAGGUCUGGUCUGUAAUCCUAACCAGUGA